GCACGCUGGCGAAGGCCGUGGGCGUUUUCGGGGGGUAUGUGGCGGGAAACAAAAACCUGAUUGACUGCAUCAGGUCCUACGCAGCAAGCGGCUCCUUGCUGCAACAGCGCAGGCCUCUCCUUGCUGCAGCCCCGCUGCAGCAAGGAGACACCUCGGCAAGCGCCUCUCACCACCAGCAGCACCAGCAGCAGCAGCACCAGCAGCAGCAGCAGCAGCAGCAGCAGCAGCGUGUGUCUCCUUGCUGCAGCACGGAGCGCUACCUGCAGCAAGUGCGGGCCUGCCAGCUGAAGGCGCUGCUGCUGCUGCACAACCUCCCGCUGCUGUUUAAUGCUUCUCACAUUUUGCCGCUUUUUGUCGGAGACCCCGUCAAGUGCAAACAAGCCACUGACAUGCUGCUGCACGAACACAAGGUGUACAUCCAGCCAAUAAACUUCCCGACAGUGCCGCGGGGUUCUGAGCGGCUGCGGCUGACUCCAAGUCCCCACCACAGCGAAGAAGAUUUGCUGCAGCUAGUUGCUGCUCUUGCUGCAGUUUGGAGACAGCUGCAGCUGCCCACGGCCACGGACUGCCUCAAGCGGGGGCUGUCUCUGAACCGCAGCGGCAGGCAGCAGCAGCAGCUCCUCGACCUGCUGCAGCAGCAAAUGCUCUUCCUCCAGAAGCAGGCAGCAGCAGGCAGCAGCAGCAGCAGCAGCAGCAGCAGCAGCAAGAGGGAGCCCUGUCCCUUCGGCGUCGCCGCGGCGGACCAGUGGAACGCGCAGUGCAGCAGCAGCAGCAGCAGCAGCAGCAGCAGCAGCAGCAGCAGCGGCGACUGGCAGGAGGCGCUGGACCAGGAGAGGGCGCAGCAGCUGCUGCAGCAGCAGGAGGCGCUGCAGCGGGACCUGCUGCAGCGGGACUUGCUGCAGCGGGACUUCCUGCAGCAGCAGCUGCUGCAGCAGGAGAAGCUGCUGCAGCAGCAGCUGCUCUGCUCCCAGUUCUUCUUCACAGACAUCUCCAUUGGGCCCAAUUCCAUCAGCAGCAGCAACGACGCAGCAGCAGCAGCAGCUGCUGCUGCUGCUGCUGCUGCAACCGCAGCAGCAGCACAGAGAAGAAGCACCCCCUGA